AAAAUAAUUCAUACCGCUUUCGGUUGGGUGGAGUGGAUUUUAGAAAAAUUGCUACCUUUGGAUAUCUUCUCUCUAUCAAUGCAUAAUAGAUAAAAGUUUCAUUGUGGAUCAUUUAUAAAAAGGUCUAAAAUUAAAGUAAUGCAUUUCCAGAUAGAAGCAGAAACCACUCUCGUGAAUGCAUUGCCUUCUUGAAUUUGUCGCAAACUAAUAGCGAAUACAUAAUAAGAGUAAACAAGUAAAUUUACUCACACACCAGCGAUAAUUGAACGACGCAUCAAAGUUUAAUCAUAAAGACCUCAUCGAAAGAACAAGACUAUCAAACCCAGUAUAAUGCAGGACUCGCCUGAUGCAAAGAAGCCUUGCAAGGGCAUACUAAAGAAUUCCAGUAGUUUCGACAAGCCCGGCUCCGCCAGUUAUCGCAAAAGUGCGAAAUUUGAUGAAUUGAAUGUACUACAAACCUACCACCCACAUGACAAAGAUUAUGGUCAUAUGAAAAUUGAUGAGCCAAAAACGCCAUACAACUACGUUAUUCCAGAUUUGGCGCAUACCGAUGCUUUGGACGCGAAUUUACUCGCCGAAAAAUUACGCAUCGCAGCGAGUACUCAGUCGCCUGCAUUUGGCUCAGACGACAUUUCUGACGAAGAAAACAUUGAUGAAACACCGGAAGAGAAAGUUCGUCGCCUUGAGUUUGAACGUCGCCGAAAGGCUCAUUACAAUGAAUUCGAAGCAGUUAGACUCGCGCGUAAAUUGAUUGAGGAAGAGUUGGGAGAAGACGAUGAUGAACAUGAUAUAUCUUCCAUUGGUGAAGACGUUAAAUCCGGAAUUUCUACCCAGAAAUCUAUUGGAGAAGAGAUAGAAAUACCAAGCGAACAUGCAGGAGAAGAAACAUUAGCAGAAGGUGUGGCAGUAGAAGAAUCAGUUAGGACUGAGCGGGAUACAGAACUAGAGUCUUCCGAUUCAAACAGAGGAUCCUCAAUCAAUAUGGAUGUGGAUGCACAAUUACAACCCUCGCAUCCCUGUUAUGGAAGGGAUUAGUAUAAUAUAAAUAACUAAAAUCAUACUCAAAGCGUUAGUAUAUAUGUAUGUACACAUUGCAGCAGUAAAGCAAUUACAAGCAUAAUUUAACAUAUAAAUCAACGACUAAAACGUACCGUGAUCGAUCUUAACAUGAAAUCAAAUCUUGACAACUAUACAUAUAUUUACAUGCAUACUUAUUUGAAGCAAAGAUGAAAAUGAAAAUAAGUAAAUCAAUAUUGUAUUAAUCAAAGCAUUGCUUUAUGAUUUGCGUAAAAUAAAAUGAAUCAAUAAAAUUGCUUAAAUUAAAGAAACUAAUAAUAAUAAUUAUAUUUAUAAUAAAACAACUCUCAUUUAUUUAUGUACAUAACAUACUAAAAAAAAGCAUAUGAAAUUGCAAAUACGAUGUUUUUCGAAUAAAGGUUGGAAAAAAGUGAGAAUAAAAUAUGACAUUAAAACUAUAUAGGCGUAUACAAACAUUGUAUCUAUAGGGAAGCUAAUGUCUAUGGAGAUUUUAGUUUGUUAUGCUAUAUGAUUAUUUUGAACGGAACCACUUGAGAACAUAACUUUUUAUAUUACUUUACUAAUUGUUAUGCCAACUAAUUUUUGCUCGAAAAGUAAUAAACAAAUUAUUUUAAACAUCUGAAUAUAAAAAGAAAGCAUAACCAUUACAUAUUGAAUUUUUCAAGCUAUGUAUAUGAAAAAUACCCAUAUGGUUAUAUUGCAACAAAAAUUUAAAAAAUAAAAUCAAAAUUAAGCCAAACGAAUGUAGAAAUACGCUAAAAAUGUAUGUGAGUCUCCACUUUAUUAAACAAAAAAAUAAUUAAAGAAAAAAGUAAUGUGGUUAUAUGCAUACAUAAGUAUGUACAUUCAUUAGCAAACAUUCGCCAAAUUAAUAAGAAUAAAAUUCAAGGCAAUAUUAAUAAUAGAAAUUAACUUAAAUUGAACUAGAGGACAACAAAUAUUGAUAUUGUUGAUUUUAAAUUUUAUUAUUUCUGUGCUGUAUAUUAAUAUACUAAAAAUAUAAAUUAAGUGCCACAUAAUGCAUUUCUCAAUGGGGACUUUGAAUUCGGCCAAUAUUUUGUGUUGUUAUAUGUAUAUGAUUUACAUAUAUAUGUUUAAACGUAUGCACAUAUGCAUAACGAUGAGUUUUCCGAAACAAAUUAUUAUUUUAUUUAAUAUAAAUUUAGCUACAAAAGAUGCUCUAAAAAGUGCUAAUUGCCAACAUUUAUGAAAACAUAAUUUUAAGUUCCGAGCCAAUCGCAUUAAAUGCAGCGAUCGUUAAUUACACACACACAUACCUACAUAUAUAGAUCAAUUCAUAACUUUCAGCUCACAUCAAUUGGAGACAUUGUUGAAAGGCAUUUGGGUAUAUGUGUUUCCAUGUUAUAUACAAAUAAACCAGAUAUAUAUGUAUGUGCAUUCAGUUUAUGAAAAAACUUUAGCCCGUAAGAUUAAACAAUCUAACAUUUA